CCUACGACAGGUAUCCACAAAGAUCAAGGCCUCCCCAACACCACCACUCGCACCCACUGCCGGCGCCGCCGCUGAGAGAAUCCCCGUAUGGCAAAUGUUCAGCAAGCUAAAGAAUUCGACUGUGCCGACGAUGCUGUAUGUCGCGCCCGAUAAGAAGAGAGGCGCGGUGCUGUGCUAUGUCGCUGCGUUAUUACAGUUGGCGUUUUGGGGUAAUAUCGCGACUUGGGUUUGGUUUGAUUAUGCUGAGCUUGAUCCGUACGCUCUCUCUCCCUCUCCUUACCCUUCCUCUAACAUUUAUGGAUCACAGGGAGACAAAUAAGUACGAGUUGUCAUCGUUUGAGAAACGUGCCGCGUAUGCAACAGGUCUCGGCGCAGUCGGCCUCCUCGUCGCCUCCGCCUUCCUCUACUUCCCCUCUCGCCGCAUCCUCACCCUGACAGUUACCCCUAACGCCCGUCAAGUCCAGCUCCAGACUCCUCGCAUGCUGCCGUUCCUCACUCCUCGCGUCCGUACGUACAAUAUCCAGGAUCUAUAUCUGCAAGAACCGCUUUGGACGGGAGUGGGGAGGAAUGAGUGUGAAGUGAAGGGGACUGCGGGCAUGGGGUUUGCGGUAUUGUGGGUUAGCAGGAGGGUUGGGGCUAGGUUCCAGGGAUUUCUGUUGGAUCGGGAGGGAUCGUUCUGGGAAGCUGACGGGGGUGCAAAACUUGUCGACAAACUCUUCAUCGCGAACAAAUAGAGUUAUCAAUGGAAACCUAGUCACCUAUCACCAUCCCACUCAUUUCGAUUCCUCCUUGUUUUCCCCCUGCUGUCUCUCUCGUACCAUACUCCUAAACCCCUCCAAA